UGUUGUUUAAUAGUGCUUAAUUAAAAAGACUUUGAACCCUAAAAAAAUAUUAGGUUUUUAACAAUCUGCUAAUAUUUAGUAUUUAUUUUUGUAUCUGAUGCGAAGAUUUUGAAUCAAUUAAUAGGCUUCAAUAUCAUUAUUAACAAGUGUGUAUAUACAAGCCUGAAAACAAUAUUACACUGCAAUACUUAUAAUAUCUCUGAUAAAAAGUUGACAUAACAUCAUAAACUUGAAGAAGUCAAUCGAAUAAAAUUUAGACAAUAUGCUAGAAGUUUGUGUAGAUAGUAUUGAAUCUGCAAUUGCAGCAUCUGAAGGGGGUGCGAAGAGAAUUGAGUUGUGUGCUGCACUGAGUGAAGGAGGGCUUACACCUACACCAGGUUUAUUAAAAAUUGUAAAACAUAAUAUCAAGCCAUCAGUGGAUGUGUAUGUCAUGCUCAGGCCACGCAAUGGUAAUGAUUUUGUUUACUCUGAUGAAGAAAUCAAUAUUCUGCUUGAAGAUAUUAAAAUAUUUAAAGAUUUUAAAGCAAAUGGUUUUGUAUUUGGAGCCUUAACACCCUCAGGGUUAAUUGAUGAAACUAAAUGUCAAUUAAUAGUGAAUGCUUGUAAACCAUUAUCUGUUACAUUUCAUAGAGCAUUUGAUGUAAGCAGUAAUCCAUUUUCUGCAUUGGAAACAAUAAUAAAAUUAGGUUUUGUGAGGAUACUAACAAGUGGUAUGGCUAAAAAUGCAGAAGAUGGUCUUGAUAAUAUAAAACAAUUAGUGAUUCAGGCUGGAAAUAGAAUUUCUAUAAUGCCCGGAUGUGGUAUUACAACUGAAAAUGUUAGAAACAUUUUCUUUGCUUCAUGUGUUAAAGAAAUACAUGCCUCGGCUAGAGUUAAAAAAAAUUUAAACUUGAGUCGAGAGAUUAAUAUAAAUUUUAGUAAUAGCGACGAAUGUACAUAUGUCACAGAUGCAAAACUUGUCCAAGAACUCGUAAAUUCUAUUAUCUAAAUUACAGUGACACCCCGCAUUACAUAAAUAGUUUGU